AACUAAUGCUGUUUACUUAGAUUAGCACAUAUUCAACAUGUUUCCCUGUUUUUGUUGGAAAUAAAAUGGAAAAUAAUAGACACUUUUCAACUUUAGUAUUUUUCACUGUAUCUGGGUUCUGUUCGAAUUUCAUAUCAUUUGUUUCCCCUUACUGGAUACAGUCAGUGCCGGAGGCAAGAAGUCAGUUUCAAAGAAUUGGUCUGUGGACUGUUUGCUUUGAUGGCUAUAUGAGACCUGGAUUAUAUGACAAGGCCUAUUUUGGAUGCUAUUACAUAUAUUACGUUAUUUAUGACCGCGUAAGAGAUUGGCUUAAUCCUGUUUGGCUAUAUGCAAUACAAGUGACUUCUUCAUGUGGAAUUCUAAUUCAAUUUCUAGUUUUAUUUACUGUGUUGUGUCAAGUGUCUGGUGCAAUUCCUAAAUCUGACAUUAAAACGUUGAAAUUUGUUGCGACAGGUCAUUUCUUUACAUGUCUAACAUUGGCUGCUGCUUUAAUUGCCUUUGCUGUCGCUAGAUAUGAUAGUCGUUGGAUGCCAUACCCUGAAUUGAAUGUUCUAUCAUGGUCAUAUGCAGUUGGUGUUUUAAGCUUUGUCUGUACAUUUAUAGCGUUUAUCAUCAGUUUUAUAACUUAUCUUGAUUUGGAUGAAAUCGCCAAACAACAGAGAGCAAGUGAUAACCUGCUUGAAAAUGAAGCAAAUAUGGGUAUUAGUUCACCACCACCUCCACCAAUGAUCGAUGAUCCACGUUAUACAGAACCACAUUAUCUAACAGAUCAACAGUCUGUAAGUUACCUAGGAGGUGGCGGUGGACCCAGUGAUAUUGGCGGUAGUUCAAGAAUUCCAAAUAAAAGUUGGAAAGACUCUGAAAUAACAUAUGAUGCCAAUGAAGAUAUUAUUGACUCAGAGAAUCCAACAAGUUCACGCUUCAAUACUGGUCGUUAUACAUAUGAUCCACGAAGUUGAAAUAGGAUCAGCGUUACUAACAUUAUUUUACAGUUGACUUUCAUUGUAAAAGGAAUAUAUAAUUUUUAGCCCCUGUUAUUUAUUUCUGAUGUAAUUCAAAUUUGUAUAACUUAUUCUGUAAUUUUUAUGCAUAAAUGGUGUGAA